AUGCGUCGAAGCUCUUGGAAAACAAAACUCAUAUAUUUGAUUUGUUUGAUUUUUGUAAUUAUGCUGUUUUCACAGAAUAAGAAAAAACUAUCUCGGACAUAUUGGGUUGAACAACCUGACUUCCCUGAUGAAAUAUCCAAAAACUAUUCGAUAAAUACCAAAAUUUACGAGGAUCAAUAUUGCAUUGGAUACAACUUUUUGGAGGGAACUGAUGAAUUCCGAGAUGAUGGUCUCGAACCAGUCACUCUUGCAACUCAUGCGACUUCAGAUAUGAUGGGAACGCUUGAGAAAUUAGUGUCAAUGUGGCAUGGACCGAUUUCAGUCGGAAUUUUUAUUGAUUUUCAUUCUAGCCAAGCAUUAGAGUAUCUUGCAGAAGUACAUAGAUGUGAUGAAGAGUUUAGAAGAAAAAUGACUGUACAUGUUGCCAUCCGUCAGUCAGCGUUCCAGACUGAGUGUCCAACUAUUUAUAUACCUCCAUCCAACAGAAGCUGCUGGAAAUUCCGGUCAGAACAAGACGAGCUUCGCAGUCGUCUCGCUGGUCCAUUCCAACUUUAUCCAAGCAACUUGAUGAGAAACACUGCGAGAAAAGGAGCAAAAUCUGAUAUCCAUUUCAUAAUGGAUGCAGACAUGAUUGUUAGUGAAGGAUUUGCUGAAAAAGUGAAACCAAUAGCAAAUGAAAUGAUUGAUGGAAAAAGCAGAAAAGUGUUAGCUGUGCGAAGAUUUGAGAGUAUUAACGGAACAUACAUACCCAGAACUCAUUUUGAGCUAAAACAGUCAAUGUUGUAUUCAAAAACAUUCGAAUUCCACCAUCGUUUCUUUCCACAAGGACAUCACAUCGACAACCUUGAGCAAUGGUUUGAAACAUCUGCUCAGUCCAAUGUUAUGAGCACACAGGAGAUACCCUAUGCUGGAUUUGAAUGGGAAGUACAAGUAAUUCUUCAUCGAAAUGAUCCGUAUAACGCCGCCUAUUUUCCAUCGAGAAUCAAAGUGAUGCAUUCAUUGAUAUACGCGUUGUGUCGGGCUGAGUACACUUUCCACGUACUUUCGCACGUAUUCGAUGUUCAUGAAGGGAUUAAACAUACAAAUACAAUUUAUUCGAAAGCUACAAUUGCUCAUCAGGAAGCAUACGCCAUGAAAGUAGCCGGUGACAGAUACAUCAAAGAAAUGAACGAGUUGUACCCAAAUACUGAAGCACAAUGCGGAAAAUUCAGCAUGGUGUAG